AUGAGUGAAAUUCCAGAAAGUGAAGCGCCUUUCCCUCAUCGAUCUGGGAUCCUGUUCAUGAUUGAAUAUUCAGUGAACUGGCAUGAAGAAGAUCCUGCAUUUGCCAAGAAGUACAUAGAGCAGACAAGGGAACUACACAGUUUAUUGACACCUUUUGUUCCAAAAAGUCCUAGGCAGGCUUUUCUGAAUUAUAGGUACCUUGAUAUUGAUACCACAGGACAGACAAUGAGUUACAAUGAAGGAAGAGUUUAUGGGAUCAAAUAUUUCAAGGAUAACUUUUACAGAUUGGUGAAAGUCAAGGCCAUGGUAGAUCCUGAAAAUUUCUUCAGGAAUGAGCUGAGUAUCGGACUCUGCCUCUCAGGCCACUCUAAUGGGGGUUUUGUUCCAGCACAAUCAUACAGUAUAUUGAAUUCGGAUGUUGCUACAUUAGCUACUCCUCUUCUCCAUUUUGCAACACCUUUUUCAAUAGCAUAUUUUAAUUAUGAACUUGUGCUCAGCCCCAAGUAUGCUCGGAAUUCCAUUAUCUUUGGAAAACGAGGGAAUCCAUUAAAUGAGGAGGCACUUGCAGUCAGAUUAGCUCUCCUAAUGGCCAAGGAAGCUGACUGCAGGAGAGUGGAAAUACAAUCUAACUGUAAAGCACUCAUUCAUAAGAUCCAUGCUCAGGAGACUCAGUUAGUUAAUGAUGUCAAAUGGGAUUCUACCUCAGACCUCGUCUAUGACAACUUUGCCCAUUGCCUUGCAGGAAAAGGGAUCCCAGAUGACCAAAUCUCAAGCAUUCUUUAUAGCCCCAUUAACGCUUCCUACACUUCAGUUUUACAAGCUUAUAUAAGAAACAGGAGAUUCAACACUUCCACAACCCCAAAACCGCUUGUCAUAGUCACAGCUUUAGAAGAAUACCACGUCCAAGCAGCUGUUCUAUGUACAAAAAGAACUGGGCUGGAACUGAAAAUCAGAAGUGGCGGUCAUGAUUUUGAAGGAAUCUCAUACGUUUCCAGUGUUCCAUUCGUCAUUCUUGACAUGUUCCACCUUAGUAGCAUUCAUGUUGAUAUUGAAAAUGAAAUUUCUUGGGUACAAGCUGGCGCCACACUUGGGGAGCUCUACUACAGGAUUUGGGAAAAGAGCAAAGUACAUGCAUUCCCUGCCGGUGUAUGCCGAUCAGUAGGCGUAGGCGGCCACAUAAGUGGGGGAGGUUAUGGCCCUAUGCUACGCAAAUACGGCCUAACUGUAGACAAUGUUGUUGAUGCACGAAUCGUCGAUGUUAAAGGCAGGAUUUUGGAUAGGGAAGCAAUGGGGGAAGAUCUUUUCUGGGCUAUUAGGGGUGGUGGUGGUGCGAGUUUUUGCGUUGUUUUGGCGUACAAAAUCAAGUUAGUCAGGGUACCAGAAAUUGUAACAUUUUUCAGGAUUGUUAGGACCAUGGAAGAAAAUGUAACAGAUCUUGUUUAUAGCUGGCAACAGGUAGCCAACACGAUUGACAAUGAGCUCUUCAUCAGAGUUCUGGUCCAACCAGUUACUGAACAAAUCAAUGGGCAGAAUCAGACUACAAUUGGAGCAACAUUUAUAGCAUUAUUCCUUGGAGAUGCCAAUAGACUCUUAUCUGUUAUGAAUGGAAGAUUUUCUGAAUUGGGAUUGAAGAAACAGGACUGUUUGGAAAUGAGUUGGGGUGAAUCACUCCUCCGGUGGGAAGGUUACGCGAGUGGUACACCCAUGGAAGCUAUCCUUGACAAGACUUAUGCCAACUUCGCGAAGAGGAAAUCAGAUUAUGUGCAGAAUCCAAUUCCAAGGCAUGGGCUGGCCUCCAUAUUCAAGAAAUUGAUUGAGCUAAAUAAAACAGUACUGGAAUUCAAUCCUUAUGGCGGAAGAAUGAGUGAAAUUCCAGAAAGCCAAACGCCUUUCCCUCAUCGUUCUGAGAUCAUUUUCAAGAUCGAGUAUUUAGUGAUUUGGCAGGAAGAAGGUCCUAGAUUUGCCAAGAAGUACAUAGAGCAGACACGGGCGCUGUACAGUUUGAUGACUCCUUUUGUUUCAAAAAAUCCUAGGCAGGCUUUUCUGAAUUACAGGGACCUUGAUAUUGGAACCACAGACAACGGGAAGAACAGUUACAACGAAGGAAGAGUUUAUGGGCUCAAAUAUUUCAAAAAUAAUUUUUACAGAUUGGUGAAAGUCAAGACCAUGAUAGAUCCUGAAAAUUUCUUCAGGAACGAGCAGAGUAUACCAACUCGGCCCCUCCGGCCAUUUUAG